AUGCGGGUUUGUACUCUGACAAUCGUUGCAGCUAGUUCUCUAUGGCAGGCAGACGCGGCCAAGAUCGAUCGCCAGACCGUUGAACAUGCUGCUGACACGUACGAUUUUAUUGUUAUAGGAGGUGGAACAGCAGGUCUUGCUGUCGCCUCUCGCGUCAGCAUCGGCCUGCCUAACAGCACCGUACUUGUGAUUGAGGCCGGUCCAGAUGGGCGCCAAGAGCCAGGCAUCUAUAUUCCAGGACGGAAGGGCUCAACUCUUGGGGGUCGGUAUGAUUGGAACCUUACGACUGUGCCUCAAUCCAGUGCCAACAACCGAACGUUUGCGCAGAAUCGUGGCAAGGUUCUUGGAGGCAGUAGUGCGCUGAAUCUCAUGUCGUGGGACCGUACAUCCAUUGCAGAACUCGAUGCAUGGGAAAAGCUCGGCAACGAGGGAUGGAAUUGGAAAAGUCUUUAUCCCGCGAUGUUGAAAGCUGAAACUUUCUUGCCCUCGCCAGAGUACGGUACGCAGGGUGUCGGCAGGACUGGUCCUAUUCAAACUCUGAUCAGCCGGAUAUUUCCCAGGCAUCAGUCCUCGUGGAUACCUACGCUGAACAACCUUGGCCUGGCAACGAACAAAGAAUCGCUUGAUGGACACCCGAUUGGUGUCAGUACUCAGCCGAACAACGUCAGCCCGAACUACACUCGAUCAUACGCACCCGAGUACCUCAAGCUCGCCAAAGACAACCUCGCUGUAAGGCUAGACACCCGCGUAACUAAGGUCAACUUCAAGAGCAAGACUGCGACAGGUGUUACUAUUGAGGAUGGGACUAUUAUCCAUGCUCGGAAGGAAGCCAUCCUCUCUGCUGGGUCAUUCCAAACCCCUGGUCUCCUUGAGCUCUCUGGUGUCGGCAAUGCAACGCUUCUGAAGAAGCUGGGUAUCCCUGUUGUUAAGAAUCUUCCUUCAGUUGGCGAAAACCUAUCUGAUCACAUCCGCAUCCAGAGCUCAUACCAACUCAAGCCUGAGUACCCCUCUUUCGAUGUUCUGAAAAACACGACUCGAGCUGCUGUUGAGCUUGCGGCGUACAAUGCUGGGCAAGUGUCAUUGUAUGACUACACAGCCAGCGGUUACGCUUAUUUCCCUUGGCAUGUCGUGUCCAACGACACUGCUACUAUGUUCCGUAAGCUGGUGCAAGGCGACACAAGCUUAGAUACUGCAGUGGACCAAGUCAAGAAGAGCUAUUUGUCGUCUCCUCUCAGCGCCACGGUACCACAACUUGAAGUUAUCUUUUCCGACGGCUACACCGGUCUCAAAGGCUACCCAGCUGUCAACUCGUCUCUUUUCGGCAUCGGCACGUUCUCACUUAUUGGUGUCGUACAGCACCCUCUGAGCAAAGGAAACGUACACAUUAUCUCUCGCAACAUCACUGACAAACCCGUAAUCAACCCGAACUACCUCUCCCACCCUUAUGAUCUUCAAGCCGCGACCAAUCUCGCCAAAUUCCUGCGUACAAUUGCCUCCACAUCGCCGUUGAAAGACGUGUGGACUGAAGAAUACGAGCCCGGAAAGGCAGUCCAGACCGAGGAGGACUGGAGCAAGUAUGCAUUAGCUAACACGCUGAGUAUUUACCAUCCUAUCGGUACUGCAGCACUGCUCCCGGAGAAGGAUGGAGGCGUGGUCGAUCCCGAGUUGAAAGUAUACGGUACAGCGGGAUUGAGAGUGGUCGAUGCGAGCAUCAUCCCAUUGUUGCCGAGCGCGCAUAUCCAGACACUGGUUUAUGGUAUUGCGGAGAGAGCCUCGGAGAUGAUUAUUGCAGAAUAUAGGUAG